AUGUCAAAUGCGGUUCCAGAUCCUGAUGAUGUUAUGGAAGCCGAUUACCAAGACCAUGUAGCUGAUGAACCAUUGGACGACUUCGACAUUGACGUAGGAAACGCGAAUAUGGAGGAAGAAUUGCAGGGCGAAAAAAGUUUUACGAAUAGAGAAGGAACCCCUGUCCCUGAAGAUACCGCUCCCGCAAACCAAAAUGGUGACAUGGAUAUUACGCAAAUAUCAGCACAAAAACCAACGCCUUCCGUUGUUGUGAACAACCCCGCGGCGGUGGAUAUUGAGACGCUUUGUCAGACAUAUUCCACUCAUUCACUGCUGAUUAGGUUACAGUUCAUAGCUGACCACUGCCCUCCAUUAAAGAGAGAUGCAACUAUUGGUAUGAUCAAUGAAUUACGCAAUAAUACUCUGAAUGUUGCACGGUAUUCAGAAUUAAUGUCCAGCCUGGAGACAAUCGAAAAACAGGCUGACGAUCAGAACCAUUUGGAGACUCCAGUAUUAGACCAGGCAUGGGUAGAUCAGACAACACUGAAAACCGCAAAUCAAUUGGAUUUUCUCCUUUCUGAGUACAAGAAACAAAAGGACGAGGGUGUAAAGGAAUCUACUCGUCGUGCAAUGGACGAACUCUUCCAGUAUUACAUUUCCAUUGGUGAUAUCACAGAAGCUCUUCAUCUCUACAGUCGCGGAAUGCGAGAAUACUGCAGCCAGUUCAAGCAUAUAAUACAGAUGUGGAUUAACUGGAUGGAAGCUUCUAUUUGGGUUGGUGAGUGGCAACGAGUUGAUACAAUUGCUGCUCAAGCAGAGCGCAGCAUGAAGGAGGCAGAAGAGGCAGAAUCGCAAGCAGGAUCGACUGCUGCCGCUGCACGCACUCGUCCAGUGAUUUUCGGAGUAUCUUCCUCCUCCACAAAUCGUAACACUGUAACUAAGUGUACCCGUUUGUUGAUUAGCAGUGGAAGGGCGAAGCUAGACGCUGCUUGUGGGCUUUCGAAGCUACAGUCUGGACGUUAUAAACAAGCUGCCGAUCGCUUUCUUAAGGUAGAUUUGGAUUUCUUAGACAUGCCGUGGUUGUUUUCUGCUUCUGAUAUGGCUGUUUACUGCACUCUAUGUGCAAUUGCUAGUUAUGAUAGGACAGAACUUAAAAAGAAGGUGAUCCAUGAUGGAAACUGCAGGAAAUUUUUGGAGUCAGAGCCAAAAUUGGUGGAAUUGUUGCAGUGUAUCGUAAAAAGCCAGUUUGGUCGUGCCUUGGACAUAUUGAAAGAGAUGAAAGAUAGAUUCCUGCUUGAUCCAUAUCUCAGUUCCCAUGUUGAUCCGUUAUACGCUGUGAUACGAGAACGGGCAUUACUACAAUACCUAGAACCGUUUGCUUCCGCUGACUUGAAUGCAAUGGCAAAUGUCUUCCGGACGGAUUUGAGAGGUCUAGAAGGUGAACUUGUGGCCCUUUGCGAACAAGGUCAGUUAUCAGCUCGAAUAGAUGCCGUUGGUGCAACCAUUCGUAUGGUUCUCACUGAUGAACGCGAAGAAAACUAUAAAAAGAUAAUCGACGGUUGUGAUGAUAUGAUCGAGCGAUGUGAGGCAGCAAUUUUGCGUGCUGUCAUGCAGCAGGCAUGUAUUUGUAUAAGUCCUGAGGGAAGAGCAAAACGAAAAACAGCAGCGCAUAUCGACGAUGCCAGUGAUCCCUCCAAUACUCCGACCCGCCAGAAAGUGUCCGUACAAAAUAUGAUGCGUGUUUUGAGAGGCCGAGUAGUACCACCACUUCCACAAGGUUCUCCAGCUGCACCGGCAGCGCCGACGAAUGCUGCUGGUCCGGUAGCCAAUGCAGCACCAGCCCUUCCACCCGUACCCGUCUCUAUUAAUAACCUGCCCACUGUACCAGCGGCAGAGAAUCCGCCUAACGCUUCAGCCGCGCCUUCUGUAGGGUCGCAACAGCUUCAGAUUCCAUCGGAGGUUGAUAGCUCGGAAGGAAGCGAUGACCCUAAGGAGCCAGAUUUGAACUAG